GACUGGGCGUCCUACACCCUGGGUGUGUUCAUCUGUCUGAGCUGCUCUGGGAUCCACCGGAACAUCCCCCAGGUCAGCAAGGUGAAGUCAGUCCGCCUGGAUGCCUGGGAUGAGGCCCAAGUUGAGUUCAUGGCAUCUCACGGGAACAUGGCCGCCAGAGCCGCAUUCGAGUCCAAAGUACCGCCCUUCUUCUACCGCCCCACGUUCUCCGACUGCCAACUCCUACGUGAGCAGUGGAUCCGUGCCAAGUAUGAGAGGCAAGAGUUCCUUCAUGUGGAGAAGCAGGAACCAUAUUCAGCAGGAUACCGGGAGGGCCUUCUCUGGAAGCGUGGCCGGGACAACGGACAGUUCUUAAGCCGGAAGUUUGUGCUCACAGAACGAGAGGGUGCCCUGAAGUACUUCAACAAAAACGACGCCAAGGAGCCAAAGGCUGUCAUGAAGAUUGAGCACCUGAAUGCUACCUUCCAGCCGGCUAAGAUUGGCCACCCCCACGGCCUGCAGGUCACCUACCUGAAGGACAACAGCACUCGUAACAUCUUCAUCUACCAUGAAGAUGGCAAGGAGAUUGUGGACUGGUUCAACGCGCUGCGAGCGGCUCGCUUCCAUUACCUGCAGGUGGCCUUCCCAGGAGCCAGCGAUUCGGACCUGGUGCCCAAGCUCUCUAGGAACUAUCUAAAGGAAGGCUACAUGGAGAAGACGGGGCCCAAGCAGACAGAAGGCUUCCGGAAGCGCUGGUUCACCAUGGAUGAUCGGAGACUCAUGUACUUCAAAGACCCCCUGGACGCCUUUGCCCGCGGGGAAGUCUUCAUUGGCAGCAAGGAAAGUGGCUACACGGUGCUGGAGGGCCUCCCGCCAUCUACCCAGGGCCACCAUUGGCCCCACGGCAUUACCAUUGUCACCCCUGACCGAAAAUUCCUGUUCACCUGUGAGACGGAGUCAGACCAGAGGGAGUGGAUUUCGGCCUUCCAGAAGGUGGUGGACAGGCCCAUGCUGCCUCAGGAGUAUGCAGUGGAAGCCCACUUCAAGCAUAAACCCUAAGGAAGAGAGCCCGGAGGCCCCAGGAUUCUGCACUCACGUGGCUGCAGAGGCAGUGCUGGACAAGAGGGGAGCCCAGACUCCUGGUCCACACCCUGUUCCUUGGUGUGGCCCAGGCAUAGCCAGGUAGGGCUCAGGCAGGUCCACUGGACAGACAUUUCUUCUGAACCUCAUUAACGCUGAAGGCAGACUUGGUUCAGGGCCUCCCCUGCCCCUGGCCCGGUCAUGCUGCUCCCAGCCAGGUCCAGCCAACUCACCUACCUUCCAGCUGCUGGAAGCCCGGCCUCCCAGCUUGAGCAGGACCCUACUAACUCUCCUGGCCUGAGGGGCUCUUGGCCUCAGGGCAGGACCUGGUGCUGGGCUGCUGCGGACAGCCAUGGACAGCCACGAACAAAAGGCAGCGGGCUGGCCUGGCUGCGGGGGACUCACACCGGGAAGGGCCGCAUGCCUCCCUUUUCCCUUCCCCACCUCGAGUAUUUAUUGAGCACCUGCUGUGUGUCAGUCAGGGAUCAUGGGUCAAGGGUCAGCUCUCCUUCCCCUAGAGCUGACCCAGCAGGGGCAUCGGGACAGGUUUUUGUUUUAUUAUUUUUUUUCCAAGAGAACUGUGUGCAAAGGACCUGGGUCCGCCUGCUUGAGGCCUCCAGUGCCCUCGGUGCGGCCAGCUGGGGCGGGCGGGAGGGAGCCUGCAGGGUGCAGUGCAUGCAGCCCGGCAGCGCUUUCCUUGGGAGCUAGGGAGGCCCCCUCCCAUCUGCUUUGGGCGCCCAGCUCGCCCAGCUCGGUGCUGUCCCCCCGCUUUGUAACCCAUGCCCUCUGGCCCUGACCUCACAGUCUUAGAGCCCUUGAUAAAUGGGAGCCCAGACCAGGAGGUGGCCGCCCCAGCCCUGAUCGCUGCUGGCAGGCCAGUAGUUAAAGCCACCUGUAUUUAUUUCCCCUGCUGCCCUCUGGCCACCCCAACAGAUGGGCUCCAUUCUAUGGGAUCCACAAAGGGCAGGUCCUGGCCGCUGGACAGCUGGGGAGCAUUGGGGGACACAUCUAUGAGCGCCCUGGCCCUUGGCAACGCUGCGCCCCGGGGAGCGGGGGGAGGGGUCCUCAGCUGGGCUUUGGCUGCCCUGUGUCAUGUCUCCCAGAAUAAAGUGUGGCUCUGG